CUUUUAAAGGAAGUGAAGAGGAGGCGAUUCCAUGGAAGGUGGGUGGGCUACAUGAAUGGGUCGGACUGCCUCGGGACUGAACAAGGUCCCGUUUUUUUUGUUAUAACUUCUCAGGAAAGAGUCCCACAGAGUGUGUGAGUAUAAAACGGGGUGCAGUUGACAUGGGGAUCACAUUCUUGCAUACUCUGGCAGCCUAAGAACAGAAGAAGAUUCACUUCAGGAGCAUUUCUUCAGAUCUGAGGAGAAGGAAAUCACUGCAUUAAACAUGAGAACUGCAUCCAUCUGCCUUAUUUUCCUGGCCUGUGCUUCCGUCUGCUUCUCAAUGCCUACGGUGUGCUGCCACCAGUGCCUUGCUAUGAACAAGAACGUGAGAUUCACUCAAAUCCGUGAUGUUGAGGUUCUCGCACCUAGUCCACCCUGCAACCAUAAAAAAGUCAUUGUCACGCUGAAGGAUGGCACCCGGCGGUGUCUCAACCCCAAUGCAAAAUUCACUCAGGCUCUCUUGAAGACCAAAAAAAAGCAGGUGAUCGUUCUUUGAUGAGGAAGAGCACCACCACUGCAUCAACAAUGGCAUCAACCACCGCCACAGUCUAAUCAACGACACCAGAAAGCAACUGAGAGACUAUGAGAAGGAGGAUCAGCACAUCUCUUAAAGAAAGACAUUCUGGUUAGGUUGUAGCGUAUGGAUGGAAAGACUAGAAGAGGUGAUUGUCAACUCAGGAGGACUCAUUCAUUAACUUCAGACAACUUUCAUGCACAAUUAUUUCGUGUCUCUCUGUUCUUUUGUGAAGCACUUUGGGCUGCAUGCUUGUAUGUAUGAAAAAUGCUAAAAAAAAUAAAGUUGAGUUGAAAUGUGA